AGCCUCGUUGCUCGACAGUCAACACUUCCAGUAAUUUUCUCAAAAUCCAAAAACCUUUUUUUUUUGGGAGUUAAUAAUAGACUAGUGAAACUAGCAGUCGGAAAGACACCGAUCCGGCGAAAAUGGCUGGCAGACUGAGUCACAUGGCAUCCCGCAUCAUGGGCGGCAAUGGCGUCGUCGCCCGCUCCGUUGGCUCAUCCCUUCGCCUCCGCUCUGGCAUGGGCCUACCUGUUGGCAAACAUAUCGUCCCAGACAAACCUGUUCCGGUGAAUGAUGAGCUGGUAUGGGACAACGGAACUCCAUUUCCGGAACCUUGUAUUGAUCGAAUUGCUGAAACAGUUGGAAAGUAUGAAGCAUUGGCUUGGAUGUGUGGAGGAUUAGGGUUUUUCGCGAGCCUUGGACUGUUAGCUGUUUGGAAUGACAAAGCUUCAAAAAUCCCAUAUACGCCAAAGGUCUAUCCAUAUGACAAUCUCAGAGCGGAGCUUGGUGAAGAACCCUAGAUAGCUUGUUGAACCUAAAUGUGCAAAUGCAUUUCAUGGGUGUUUUGUUUAAUUGUCCCUUUUUAAGUCAAUAGUAUGAAAUAAUCCUGCUGUAUCUAACGUUUUCUGGCAAACAGUUGAAUACUGAUUCUGUUUUAAUCCAUUUGUGGCUCCUUUCAUA